ACUCCACCGGCCGGCGGCCACCACUUGCGCGGAAUUUUCUCCCACGCGCUCCUGACGCGUGUGCCGGAUAUCUUCCCCUGACUAUUCAAAGAAAAUCGUCAACGUUCCACUGAUACUUCAACACCGGCAACCGCUUCGCUAUUUCUUCUUCUUCUCAGAUUAGAGGUUUAGUGCAUUUUGAUUUUUCUUAAAAAAUGGAAAGUAAAGCAGCGGUGAGGUUUACGUUAGGGAAGCAAUCGUCGCUGGCGCCGGAAAGGAACGAGGAGGAGCUGGAGGUGAGAGAGGAGGAAGGAGAGGGGGAGGAGAUAGACAGAGGAGUGAGGUUGAUGUACCUGGCCAACGAAGGCGAUCUUGAUGGCAUUCGCGAGCUCUUAGACUCCGGAAUCGACGUCAAUUUCCGUGACAUCGAUGAUCGGACGGCUCUCCAUAUCGCCGCCUGCCAAGGCCUCACCGACGUCGUUUCCUUGCUACUUCAACGUGGCGCGCUGGUAGACUCCAAGGAUCGUUGGGGAAGCACUCCUCUUGCGGAUGCUAUAUGCUAUAAGCACCAGGAUGUAAUCAAGCUUUUGGAAAAACAUGGUGCCAAGCCUCCGAUGGCUCCAAUGCAUGUAAAUCAUGCUCGCGAAGUCCCGGAAUAUGAAAUUGAUGCAAAGGAACUCGAUUUCACCAAUAGUGUUGACAUAACUAAGGGAACCUUCCGUAUGGCAUCAUGGCGUGGAAUAGAAGUUGCCGUGAAAACACUUGGAGACGAAGUGAUCUCUGAUGAAAAUAAAGUGAGGGCAUUCCGGGAUGAACUUGCAUUGCUUCAGAAGAUACGGCACCCAAAUGUAGUCCAAUUCCUUGGUGCAGUAACUCAAAGUAGUCCUAUGAUGAUUGUGACAGAAUAUCUACCCAAGGGUGAUUUAUGUGAAUACUUGAAAAGAAAAGGAGCAUUGAAACCAAUUACAGCUCUGACAUUUGCUCUUGAUAUUGCUAGGGGAAUGAAUUAUUUGCAUGAGAAUAAGCCGGUGCCAAUAAUUCAUCGUGAUCUCGAGCCUUCAAAUAUUUUGCGGGAUGAUUCAGGACAUCUAAAAGUUGCAGAUUUUGGAGUUAGCAAGCUUCUCACAGUUAAAGAAGAGAGGCCUCUAAACUGUCAGGAGACAUCUUGCCGAUAUGUGGCACCUGAGGUCUUCAAAAAUGAAGACUAUGAUACAAAAGUGGACGUUUUUUCAUUUGCUUUAAUUCUGCAAGAGAUGAUUGAAGGCUACCCACCAUUUUCUACAAAGCAAGAUAAUGAAGUUCCUAAAGUAUAUGCUGCUAUGGUGCGUCCACCUUUUAGAGCUCCAACUAAGCAUUAUGCACAUGGGCUGAAAGAGUUGAUUGAAGGUUGUUGGAAUGAUGUACCUGCCAAGCGUCCCACGUUCAGACAGAUAAUAAUAAGACUGGAAUCCAUUCAAAACAGCUUUAGUCAUAAAAGGCGUUGGAAGGUUAGACCACUGCAAUGCUUCCAGAAAGUGGAGGCAUUGUUGAGGAAAGAUCAUUCCAAUCCAAGCAGCCGCGGUGGUGCAUCCCGUUCUGUUGGCAGGAGUAUAUAAUUGGACUGACAAUUGGUCCUAGUUUCAAAGUGUGCAGAACUCCACUCCUUUCAAGUUUGAUGCGUGAAAGACAGGUUUGUAAUCAAGAGCAUACCAUUUUUCUUCUGUUUUAGCUUGCUUGUAGUAGUUGAAUUUAACAUUUUCCACAUUAGCUAAAACUCUCCCAUUCAAUUUGUGGGCCGAGAAUCACAGUUCAAACACCAUAUAUUUCUCUGUAAUAUUAUUGUACAUUAUGCAGGUGUUGUAAUUCAUAGUUCAUAUUUUAACAACCGUUGAAAAUAAGAUUGGAUCGUAUUGUAUCGUAGCGACUAGCGAGCCAUGAUACAAACAAGAAAUCUUAUGCAUGAACCAAAGUUGGGGUCAGUGUGUUCGGUGGCGAAAUUGACGGGAGAUGUUGAUUUUUCUAAGCGUCAGUUUCACGGAAUGAGACAAUUAAUGAAGGAGGAAUGCUAGGGGCACUCGCCUCCUGCACUCUACGGCCAACACUUUCUCUUUUAUUGGGCCACGUUAUUUUGGUUUCGGAGAGGUUGCGCCUGAAAGCUUUAAAGAAGCUUACGUGGCCCAAUGAAAGGGGAAGUGUUGGCCGGAGAGUGCAGAAAGGGAGUGCACCUAGCACUGCUCAAUGAAGCGUACCUUAAGGAAAGUAGAAUUCCAAAAAAAUGAAAGUCAUGGCGGGUUAUGAACUACUAGAAUUUCAUCCAACCAGGAUUCCUAUAUGAACCCUAAAAUCACACAUUGUGUGCAAAUUCAGCAAGGCAAAUGAAAAUCUUGUUAUGAUUUCUACUUGGGGCAAAAGAGAAAUACAAAGCAUUCUUUGAUAUUAUGGGUCAUGAAUCUUGACUCUGUUUGUGCCUCUUGGAUGCCCCUUUUUUAACUAAAACCUACCCAAAUACAGGUAGAACUUAGAA